CGGCGGCCGCGGCUGCUGCUGCUGCGGCGGCGGCGGUGGUGGCGGCGGUGGGGUGGCGGGAGCGGAGCGGCAUGGCCACGGCGGCUUCUAACCCCUACCUGCCGGGGAACAGCCUGCUGGCGGCCGGCUCCAUUGUACACUCGGACGCGGCGGGAGCCGGCGGCGGCGGGGGCGGCGGCGGCGGGGGCGGCGGCGGCGGCGCGGGCGGCGGCGGGGGCGGCAUGCAGCCCGGCAGCGCCGCCGUGACCUCAGGCGCCUACCGAGGGGACCCGUCCUCCGUCAAGAUGGUCCAGAGCGACUUCAUGCAGGGGGCCAUGGCCGCCAGCAACGGCGGCCAUAUGCUAAGCCACGCGCAUCAGUGGGUCACGGCCCUACCCCACGCCGCCGCCGCCGCCGCCGCCGCUGCCGCCGCCGCCGUGGAGGCCAGCUCGCCGUGGUCCGGCAGCGCCGUGGGCAUGGCCGGCAGCCCCCAGCAACCGCCGCAGCCGCCGCCGCCGCCGCCGCCGCAGGGCCCCGACGUGAAGGGCGGCUCCGGUCGCGACGACCUGCACGCGGGCACCGCGCUGCACCACCGCGGGCCGCCGCACCUCGGGCCCCCGCCGCCGCCCCCGCACCAGGGCCACCCGGGGGGCUGGGGGGCCGCCGCCGCCGCAGCCGCCGCCGCCGCCGCCGCCGCAGCCGCCGCACACCUCCCGUCCAUGGCCGGGGGCCAGCAGCCGCCGCCGCAGAGUCUGCUCUACUCGCAGCCCGGGGGCUUCACGGUGAACGGCAUGCUGAGCGCGCCCCCGGGCCCGGGCGGCGGCGGCGGCGGCGCGGGCGGCGGCGCCCAGAGCCUGGUGCACCCGGGGCUGGUGCGCGGGGACACGCCCGAGCUGGCCGAGCACCACCACCACCACCACCACCACGGGCACCCGCACCCGCCGCACCCGCACCACGCGCAGGGGCCUCCGCACCACGGCGGCGGCGGCGCGGGGCCCGGGCUCAACAGUCACGACCCGCACUCGGACGAGGACACACCGACGUCGGACGACCUGGAGCAGUUCGCCAAGCAGUUCAAGCAGCGGCGCAUUAAACUCGGCUUCACGCAGGCCGACGUGGGGCUGGCUCUGGGCACGCUGUACGGCAACGUGUUCUCGCAAACCACCAUCUGCCGCUUCGAGGCCCUGCAGCUGAGCUUCAAGAACAUGUGCAAGCUCAAGCCGCUGCUGAACAAGUGGCUGGAGGAGGCGGACUCGAGCACCGGCAGCCCCACGAGCAUCGACAAGAUCGCGGCGCAGGGCCGCAAGCGCAAGAAGCGGACCUCCAUAGAGGUGAGCGUCAAGGGCGCGCUCGAGAGCCACUUCCUCAAGUGCCCCAAGCCCUCCGCGCAGGAGAUCACCAACCUGGCCGACAGCCUGCAGCUGGAGAAGGAGGUGGUGCGGGUCUGGUUCUGCAACCGGCGCCAGAAGGAGAAGCGCAUGACGCCGCCCGGGAUCCAACAGCAGACGCCCGACGACGUCUACUCGCAGGUGGGCACCGUGAGCGCCGACACGCCGCCGCCGCACCACGGACUGCAGACGAGCGUGCAGUGAAGGCAAGGGGCGCAGCGCGAAGAGGGCCGCCGCCGCCGCCGCCGCCGCCUCCGCAGCCGCUGUCAGCACCGCCGCCAACCCCCGCCGCCGCCGCCGCCGCCGCCGCCGCCGCCGCCGCGCCGACCCGCACCGGGGCCGCACCGGGCCCAGGCCAGUCCGCCGCCCUCCCCUCCGCCCAAAGACAAACAUGCCCGCCCUUGGAGGAAAGAGAGAGAGAGAGAGAGAGAGAGAGAGAGAGAGAGAGACGGACCAAGAAGACAUUUCUGAAGUCCAAGGAAGGAGGGGCAAAACACAAAACAAAAGCGUAACAAAUACCCAGACUGUUUUAUAUACGUAUAUAUAACAAACAAAACCGGAAGAGAAAAAGGAGGCGAUCAUGAGAUCUCGUUUAUACUGUGGUGGUGUUUCCUUUUUGUUUUUCUGUUUUCUUUUUAAAGAAGGGUGAAGAUGCCUAGCGCACCAAAACUGCACUCGUGAGGUUUUCCCCACCCUAGGAAGUCCUACAUGGCAACAGUGGACAGCACCUAGCACCUGCCUCGUCCUCGCCUCUUAAAAAAAAAAAAAAAAAAAAAAGCAGCUCCCCCCCCCCCCCGCCCCCGCUCUCCUUUUCACUCCCCCCAUCCAAAGGGCUGACUAAAGUGAUCUACCGAAACUUUCUUUCCUGGGAGCGACGUGCAAGAAAGCAGAGGCACCCUGUUUUAGUUGGCCAUGUUAAAGUCAUUUGGGGACAAAUGGACUAUGAAAUAGGAAGGAGAAAACAAAGAACAGUCUUCAGGAAAAAAAAAAAAAAGAAAGCAAGCAAGAAAGAAAAUAUUCACAGCUUUUGAAAUUAACAGACUGAAUAGCAAAGCCAAAAGAAAAAGUCUUCUCAAAGUAACCUUGGAAAUAAAGCAUCACGAAAGAGCAGAGGGAUGGGCGAGGGAGAAGGGGACGGCUACCCAGGAGUGGGGGAGGCCAGGCUGAGUCGGGCAGGGCGGGUGGACUGGGCUAGGAGCAAGGCCCCGCCACCAGCCCCGGCUUUAACGGCGGGCACUCGGGUGGAUGAGGCCUAAAGAUUCCACCGCGAAUAUUUUUUUUAUUAAUAUUUUUAUUUUUUAUUUCUGGACUGACUCAGAUAAAGAGAUUUAGAAGGACUGAGCACCAGCCGCUGCACUCCUCUGGACUUCUCUCCUCAAUCCGUUGCCAACUUUGAUUGAAUGGGUGCUGUGGAUGUGAUUAUAUAAUACUGCCAUUUCCAAGCAGUGUUUUUGGUAGGUUUUAAUAAACAGACUUUUCAAAAGACGGCAAUAUAGAAUUGUUAGAUCCGUUGUUGAUCUAAAAAUAUUUGCUUUAUAUUUUCAUUAAAUGACUUCUUUUAAUAUUUUAUUCAGAAUACUUAUGAACUGCUGCAAAACGGUAAUUUAUUUUUCCCCAGAUCUUGUAUUACGUGUUUUUUUCAGACGAGCACAAAUCAAAAUGAAAUGAAAAUAUGGACAGUUGCUAGGUAGUAAGGGUAUCUUUUGAUGUGAUCAUUUGAUUGUAAUUUAAUUUGAGUAGUGAUUCCGUAAGAGCUGAUCGAGAAAAUAAAUUUGUUAGAAUGAAA